GUGGACUGAAAUAUGACGUUAGGUGCGGACUGAAAUAUGACAUUAGGUGUGGACUGAAAUAUGGGGUUAAGUGUGGACUGAAAUAUGGUGUUAAGUGUGGACUGAAAUAUGAUGUUAGGUGUGGACUGAAAUAUGACGUUAGGUGCGGACUGAAAUAUGACAUUAGGUGUGGACUGAAUUAUGACAUUAGGUGUGGGCUGAAAUAUGGUGUUAAGUGUGGACUGAAAUAUGGUGUUAAGUGUGGACUGAAAUAUGGUGUUAAGUGUGGACUGAAAUAUGAUGUUAGGUGUGGACUGAAAUAUGAUGUUAGGUGUGUACUGAAAUAUGAUGUUAGGUGUGUACUGAAAUAUGAGGUUAGGUGUGGACUGAAAUAUGAUGGUAGGUGUGUACUGAAAUAUGAGGUUAGGUGUGGACUGAAAUAUGACGUUAGGUGUGGACCGAAAUAUGACAUUAGGUGUGGACUGAAAUAUGGUAUUAAGUGUGGACUGAAAUAUGACAUUAGGUGUGGACUGAAAUAUUACAUUAGGUGUGGACUGAAAUAUGACAUUAGGGGUGGACUGAAAUAUGAUGUUAGGUGUGGACUGAAAUAUGACAUUAGGUGUGCACUGAAUUAUGACAUUAGGUGUGGACUGAAAAAUUACAUUAGGUGUGGACUGAAAUAUGGUGUUAAGUGUGGACUGAAAUAUGGUGUUAAGUGUGGACUGAAAUAUGGUGUUAAGUGUGGACUGAAAUAUGACAUUAGGUGUGGAAUGAAAUAUGACAUUAGGUGUGGACUGAAAUAUGGGGUUAGGUGUGGACUGAAAUAUGAUGUUAGGUGUGUACUGAAAUAUGAUGUUAGGUGUGUACUGAAAUAUGAUGUUAGGUGUGUACUGAAAUAUGAGGUUAGGUGUGGACUGAAAUAUGAUGUUAGGUGGGGACUGAAAUAUGGUGUUAAGUGUGGACUGAAAUAUGGUGUUAAGUGUGGACUGAAAUAUGAUGUUAGGUGUGGACUGAAAUAUGGUGUUAAGUGUGGACUGAAAUAUGAUGUUAGGUGUGGACUGAAAUAUGACAUUGGGUGUGGACUGAAAUAUGACGUUAGGUGUGGACUGAAUUAUGACAUUAGGUGUGGACUGAAAUAUGACGUUAGGUGCGGACUGAAAAAUGACGUUAGGUGUAGACUGAAUUAUGGUGUUAGGUGUGGACUGAAAUAUGACGUUAGGUGUGUACUGAAAUAUGACAUUAGGUGUGGACUGAAUUAUGACAUUAGGUGUGGACUGAAAUAUGGUGUUAAGUGUGGACUGAAAUAUGAUGUUAGGUGUGGACUGAAAUAUGGGGUUAAGUGUGGACUGAAAUAUGAUGUUAGGUGUGGACUGAAAUAUGACAUUAGGGGUGGACUGAAAUAUGAUGUUAGGUGUGGACUGAAAUAUGAUGUUAGGUGUGGACUGAAAUAUGACAUUAGGGGUGGACUGAAAUAUGGUGUUAAGUGUGGACUGAAAUAUGACAUUAGGUGUGGACUGAAAUAUGAUGUUAGGUGUGGACUGAAAUAUGACGUUAGGUGCGGACUGAAAAAUGACCUUAGGUGUAGACUGAAUUAUGGUGUUAGGUGUGGACUGAAAUAUGACAUCCGGUUUAGACUGAAAUAUUACAUUAGGUGUGAACUGAAAUAUGACGUUAGGUUUAGCCUGAAAUAUGACGUUAGGUGUGGACUGAAACAUGACAUUAGGUGUGGACUGAAAUAUGACAUCAGGUUUAGCCUGAAGUAUGACAUUAGGUUUAGCCUGAAAUAUGACAUUAGGUUUAGCCUGAAAUAUGACUUUAGAUGUGGACUGAUAUAUGAAUUCAGGAACAGAAUGGUUAUAUUCAGAGUGAUUUACAUUCAGUUAAAACUCUAAAAGAAGCAGAUGGUGGAAAAAACGUUAACUUCAAUCGCGACACUCCAGGAAACGUUUCCUUUGAUUAAAACAAUUACUAAGAAUGAUGUUGCAACAUUGACAUUAUUUACAAACCAGUGAAACUAUCCUUUAAUCAAUAGCCUCUAAAAUAGAUUCCACCAAAUCUUGUUUUACAUAUGUUGUAAUUUUACACUAUUUCUUCAAAUUUUAUCAAGCACCUGGUUUGGAAUUUCGUUUUUCUUUCCACCAUAAAAUCAAUUAUCCUUAUGAUGUUGAGAUAUAUAUCACAUUUCAAUAUACAAAUUUAUUCUUUUUUUAAAAAAAUAAUUUGGAACCUUACAGAAACCGUGAAUAUUUGACCUGACAAACUUGAAGAACUACAGGUCUCGAAGGGAAAAAAAUGCAAACAUACACAACUUAACAACACUUUAUCUUCGGCAGGGCAAUUAACUUUUUAAUUAACAAACAUGAAAGGCUCUCGUUAGCUAUGUACACUACAAUGUUGUGCAGACUCCGUCUUUUCUCACAUGCUCUGAAUUAAGACCCUACAUUGGGAUUAUGCAUGUUGCCUAGCGCAAACCAGGGCUGCAGUAGAGUAGUGAGUUGAUUUAAGCUGCAUAACUCACAUACCGAACUACCAGUUUGCAGCUAGGUUUAAAAAAAAUCUCUUAUUAUUAAAUAA